GGGCUGGCAGACGGCGCGCGAGCGAUGGCGGACCCGAGCUCGUUCUCGUCGCCCGCGUGCUGCCUCACGCGGCACCUCCACCUGCGCUGCCGCGCCGACUUCGGCGCGCGGGCGCUGCGGGGCACGGCCGCUCUCACCGCGCGCGCCGAGCGCGAGGCGCUGCGCUGCCUGGUUUUGGAUACAAGAGAUGUACAGGUAUUUAAAGUGACCGUAAAUGGACAGGAUGCACAAUUUGCUUUUGGGGAAAAGCACAGUUUCAAGGGGACCCCCCUGGAAAUCACGUUUCCUAAGGAACUAAGAAGGGGACAAGAAGCAAUUGUUGAAAUCUCUUUUGAAAGCUCUCCAAAGUCUUCAGCUCUCCAGUGGUUUACUCCAGAGCAAACUUCUGGAAAGAAACAUCCAUUUCUCUUCAGCCAGUGUCAGGCUAUCCACUGCAGAGCCAUCUUUCCAUGCCAGGACACACCUGCCGUGAAACUAACCUACUAUGCAGAGAUAUCCGUUCCGAAAGAGCUGGUGGCUCUCAUGAGCGCUAAUCGUGAUGGAGAGAUGCCUGACCCAGAGGACAGCAGUCGAAAGAUAUACCGUUUCAGUCAGAAUGUUCCCAUACCUUGCUACUUGUUUGCUUUAGUGGUUGGAGCUUUAGAAAGCAGAAAGAUUGGCCCAAGGACACUGGUGUGGGCUGAAAAGGAGCUAGUGGAUAAAUCAGCCUAUGAAUUUUCUGAGGCUGAAGCAAUGCUGAAAACAGCAGAAGAUUUAGCAGGACCUUAUGUAUGGGGACAGUAUGACUUGUUAGUCUUACCACCUUCUUUUCCUUAUGGUGGUAUGGAGAAUCCUUGUCUUACUUUUGUAACUCCAACACUAUUGGCAGGUGAUCGCUCUCUGUCAAAUGUUAUUGCUCAUGAAAUCUCUCAUAGCUGGACAGGAAACUUGGUAACCAACAAAACAUGGCAGCAUUUUUGGCUGAAUGAGGGUCAUACUGUAUACUUGGAACGUAGGAUCGGUGGUCGGUUGUUUGGCGAGCAGUUCAGGCACUUUCAAGCCCUAGGAGGUUGGAGAGAACUGCAGAAUACGAUAAAUACUCUUGGAGAUAAAAAUCCUGUAACAAACCUUGUCCUUGAUCUGGAUGUAGAUCCUGAUGUUGCCUUUUCAUCUGUUCCAUAUGAGAAAGGCUUUGCUUUGCUUUUUUACCUUGAACAACUUCUUGGAGGACCAGAUGUCUUCAUGGGCUUCUUGAAGGCUUACGUUCAGCAGUUUGCUUAUAAAAGCAUAGUAACGGAGGACUGGAAGAAGUUCUUGUACUCCUACUUCAAGGAUAAGGUAGAUAUUCUUGAUAAAGUUGAUUGGAACUCAUGGUUUCAUGCUCCAGGAAUGCCACCAGUGAAACCUACGUAUGAUAUGACACUAGCAAAUGCUUGCGUUGCCUUGAGCCAAAGAUGGAUUGAAGCAAAAGAAAGUGACUUGGGGUCAUUCAGCUCAGCAGACCUGAAGGAAAUGUCAUCUCAUCAGUUAAUUGAGUUCCUGGCACUGUUGCUUCUGGAGGCACCUCUUCCAUUGUCACAUGUCAAACGCAUGCAGGAAGUCUAUGACUUCAAUGCUAUACACAAUUCUGAAAUAAGAUUCAGAUGGCUGCGUCUCUGUAUCAGGUCCAAGUGGGAAGAAGCUAUUCCUCUGGCUCUAAAAAUGGCAACAGAUCAGGGCAGGAUGAAGUUUACUCGACCCUUGUUCAGGGACCUUUACAGUUUUGACAAGAGUCGAGAUCUGGCUGUCAAGACAUUUCUGGAGCAUAGACCCUCCAUGCACCCGGUCACUUCAAUGCUUGUGGGAAAAGACUUGAAGCAGGAUCAGUGAAAUAUUCUUGUUGCUGAAAGAAGAGACUGCCCAAACUGUUGAUAUGUGUGAUUGAUUAUGCCAUUAAAUGCUCUGCUGCUGUGGUGCUGAUGUAGCUUAAAAUUAAUUUUCCAAAUCAAAUUCAGUACUUUCUAUUUUUCAUUUCCAAGUAAAGCAGCAAAAUUGCUACAUCUCUGGAACUGGAAGGAUGUUUUUGUUACAAGCAAGUUUUAGCACACACAGAAACUGUUCUGAGAUGUCAGUCAUUUGUCGGUGAUAGAAUUGAAAAACAUGAAAAAUUAAUUGGUGGAUGGUAUGACUCUUUGUGCACAGCAUUCUUUUCCAUAGCACGGUGGUUGAAACUUCAAGUAUCUAAAGACUACAAAAUAAAUCCUUUCAUUCCCUA